GCGGCGUGUUCCCGCCCUGCCCUUCGCCGCUGUUCGGUGGCGGGAACAAGGGCUGCUUGUUGACCGCGGCUACCGUAAGGGUUCCCCCUCUUUUGGCGGCUCGGGGCUUCAUGGGCCUGAGAGUCUCCGCUUGGGGAACGGGGCUAAGACUUCGCGACCACCUCUCCCUUUCCCUGCCGCGGAAACCUCAGGAACGAGCCGGUGGCGUCCUAGCUCUCAAGACGAGCGGCUAAAAGGCCCAGGCAGUGCCCGGGGACACACGCGGGGAGCCGGGGAGAACAGCUUCUUUUACAGAAGGCGAAACUGAGUCUGAUAAGUGGUAAUUCAGUCACCAAAUCUUAUGGAGCAUCUAUCCUGUACCAGGCACUGGAGACACAGCGGUGAAAAAAUAGAAUUGCCAUUAAUGCUGGGGAUUUUCAGACAAACUAUCCCUAAAAACAGCCUUUUCCUGCCUGGGAGAAUGUUUACGUGAAUGUUAAUAGUGCUUAUCUUCUGGGGUGAAGUAACCAUGCAGGCAUUUCUAAAAGGUACAUCUAUCAGCAGUAAACCACCGUUGACUAAGGAUCGAGGAGUAGCUGCCACUGCCAGAAGUAGUGGAGAGAACAAGAAAGCCAAACCUGUUCCGUGGGUGGAAAAAUAUCGCCCAAAAUAUGUGGAUGAAGUUGCUUUCCAGGAAGAAGUGGUUGCAGUGCUAAAAAAGUCUUUAGAAGGAGCUGAUCUCCCUAAUCUCUUGUUUUACGGGCCACCUGGAACUGGAAAAACAUCCACUAUUUUGGCAGCAGCUAGGGAACUCUUUGGGCCUGAACUUUUUCGAUUAAGAGUUCUUGAGUUAAAUGCAUCUGAUGAACGUGGAAUACAAGUAGUUAGAGAGAAAGUGAAGAAUUUUGCCCAGUUAACUGUGACAGGAAGCCGUUCAGACGGGAAGCCAUGCCCUCCUUUUAAAAUUGUGAUCCUGGAUGAAGCAGAUUCUAUGACCUCAGCUGCUCAGGCAGCUUUAAGACGUACCAUGGAGAAAGAGUCUAAAACCACCCGAUUCUGUCUCAUCUGUAACUACGUCAGUCGAAUAAUUGAACCUCUGACCUCUAGAUGUUCUAAAUUCCGCUUCAAACCUCUGUCAGAUAAAAUUCAACAGCAGCGAUUACUAGACAUCGCUGAUAAAGAACAUAUCAAAAUCAGCAAUGAGGGACUAGCUCAUCUUGUUAAAGUGUCAGAAGGAGACUUAAGGAAAGCCAUUACAUUUCUUCAAAGUGCUACUCGAUUAACAGGUGGAAAGGAGGUCACAGGAAAGGUGAUCACAGACAUUGCUGGGGUAAUACCAGCUGAAACAAUUGAUGGAGUAUUUGCUGCAUGUCAGAGUGGCUCUUUUGACAAACUAGAAGCUGUGGUAAAGGACUUAAUAGAUGAGGGUCAUGCAGCAACUCAGCUUGUAAAUCAACUUCAUGAUGGGGUUGUAGAAAAUGAUAACCUUUCUGAUAAACAGAAGUCUGUUAUUACAGAAAAACUUGCUGAAGUUGAUAAAUGCUUAGCAGAUGGUGCUGAUGAACAUCUACAGCUGAUUGGCCUCUGUGCAACUGUCAUGCAGCAGUUAACUCAGAACUGUUAAAAUAUAUUCAGUAUGUAUUUUUGUGAACAAUUUAAAAUAAAAUGACUAAAGCACCUUUAAA